GCUAGAAAUAGUCGGGCUAACCUCCACACACAGCCUGGGCUCUGGAACCCAACUUCUUGAGAGGGGCUAAACCCUCUUCGACUCUGGAGUUGCCUGCGGUGAGAGGCGGCGGGUUGGUGUGGGCUUGCUCAUAGCUCCCCAGUUUAGCCGCCAUGUGUUGGAGAGGGUUGCUUCCUUGCGACUUCUGUGCUAAGCACAGUUUGGCCAUAACAACCACCAUGUUCGAACAUAAGGCCAGAGGUCGAUGAUAGACUUUCGGUCAACUUUUUAACCAUUAUCAUGUUUUUAAUCUUGUCAUUGUUUUAUCUUAGUCAUCUUUUUAAUCAUCAUCUUUUUAAUCGCCAUCAUUUUAACCGCGUUAUCGUUUUAAUCCAUUAAUUGUUGUGGCAGCAGAUCAGGCUCACACGUAAUUUCUCAAGAAAUUACUUUUUCUAGUUUUUUAUAAAUAUUGUGAGAUGUGUUAUUUCUGAGUUGAAGUAAAUAUGUUCUGUUCUUCAUUGUGAAACUGAAAUGUGUCAGUAGUUUCAGAGAUUUGUCACGUGUAGGGUGGCUCCGGUUCUGUUUUCAGUUUUAUUUUGUAACUCUUCCGGUUUCUGUUCAUCAGGUUAGUUUCCGCUUUUGUUUUGAAAGGACUUAGUUUGUCACCCGUGUUUUGCUUCCAGUUUCCAGUUUUAUUUUGUAAGCACUUCCCUUUCGCGUCACGCCACAGCAGUUCCCGCUUCACUUCCGGUUUUCAGUUACGCAUCUGGUUCGCCCCGUUCCACGUCCCGGUCUCAUUACGCACACCUGUCUAGAAUCAGUAAUCACUCACCUGUGUAUUUAACCACCACCAGUUCCCAUAGCCCCUUGCCAGAUCGCCGUAUGCUCGUCAUCACAUUCCAGCGCGUCAUCGUCCUGCCUGUUUGUUUCUCGAACCUGUUCCGUAUUCUUGACUCUCGAUUCCCGGUUACUCCUGAAUGGUACCGUCGCCUGGAAAGGUCUUGUAAUACCGACCUGACCCCGAGUUAGCCUGCUCCUUACCGGUACUGUAAUAUGCCAACCCUGUUAUCGAACCCUUGCCUGCCCGUGGAUCUGACUCGGCCUGCUCCCAUUGUGCCGAAAUCCGAGAAUCCUUUGCGUAUGACCUGGACCGACUGUUAUAACGAAAACUGUAUUAAACCUUUAAACUCUACCGUCUGUCUGAGAUCUCUGUGCUGAUUUUUUUUUAUUUUAAUCUGUGUUGUAUGACUGGAAAUGACCCGGCAGCGGUGACACACACCCUGCCCUGCAAAGGAAUCAGUGGUGCAACAUGUCUCCACCCACCACUAUACUAUAUAUACUUUACUGUAGAGCUGUAGAAGGGUACUUACGCUUGUCUGAGAAUUAGUGGAGUCACCACAGCUGAGCAGCAUCAAGAUUGCAUGAUGUCAACACUGGUCAUAGCCCUGAUGGCUUUGGCCAUGUCAGGUCCCACGGCCGCCUUUGUACCCAUCGGGAGUGGAUUAUCCACUCAUGUCAGCAUCACAGAAACAGCUUUAUUGGAAAAAGUGAGAGAAUCUUGUCGGGCAGUGGUGGAGGCAACUGGCCAGGAGUUUAAACCCACGGGUAAUUCUGCUGAUGAGCUGGUCCAGGCCUGUCUAGGACCCACAGCAAAAGGACAAGUGUCUGCUGCCAAGUUCCACGCUGCUCUUCAGGAAAUCUACAACCAGAAUGGCCUGGUCGACCGUGACUUGGCCAGCAGUGCUGCCCAUCACUUCAACUCUGAGGAAUUCCUGCAGGGACGUAGACUGAUCAUACAGGGCAUGGUCGCCAUUAAAGCAAGUAUUCGUGCAGAGAAUUUCCACGCUGCCAGGGAAACACUGGGCAGAAUUCUUCAUACCUUACAGGACUUUUACAGUCACAGUAACUGGGUGGAGCUUGGAUUCACAGAACCAUAUAUGAACCUCAUACGCCCAGAUCUGCCUCUGGAUAACUUGGCAGAUCUAAACACUGCCACCUGCAAAGACUGUGGAACUGGGUCAUGCCGCAAUCCAAUCCUCUCCAACAUCCUGCAAGAGAAAAAACUAACGUCAGGUUAUAUGGGAAUUCUCACUGAUGUCAAGCCUAAAGGUAAAUGUAGUCAUGGAGGUGACUCUGACCUAACCAGCUCGUCAGUUCCGCGCGGUGGCAUCAACAAAGACCGGCGUAACCAAGACAACAUGGUUCUGCAUGAUACUGCUGUGAAAGCAGCCACGGAGGCCAGCCUUCAGCUGCUGCAGGACAUCCGCUUAGCUGCAGGGGACAAUGACUUUCUUAGAAUGUUGGGGAUCGCCCGAUCGGCCGUCUUGUGUUUUGUUAUUGACACCACUGGCAGCAUGUCAGACGAUAUUAACCAAGCCAGGGAAGUUGUUUAUGAAAUCAUUGACACCAAGAAAGGAACACAGGAUGAGCCGUCCGAGUACAUACUGGUGCCCUUCAAUGACCCUGAAUUUGGGCCUAUGAUACGGACAACAGACCCUGAUAAAAUGAAGCAAGAAAUUGCUAAGCUGACAGCAGCCGGAGGUGAUGAUAUCCCUGAGAUGUGCCUCUCUGGACUCCAGAUUGCUCUCACUGGUGCCCCAGCAUCCUCCCAGAUCUAUGUGUUCACUGAUGCUCCAGCCAAAGACAUUAACCUGAAGGACACAAUCAUCGCUCUCAUACAGAGCACCAAGUCAACGGUGUCAUUUUUCCUAACUGCGGUUUUCAGAAGACGCCGACGUUCCGUUUCAAGUUCUACAGAUCCUUACAAGGAAAUGGCUUUGGCCUCUGGAGGUCAGAUUAUCCAAGUAGCCAAGAAUCAGCUGCCUCAGGCCACAGACAUCAUCCUUGACACCUCCACCUCAGCUCUGGUGACAGUUCUUCAGCAAGCAAGGAACAAUGGGAAACCAGAGACCUUUUCCUUUAUGUUGGAUGAAUCUCUUCAAAACAUCACCAUCUAUAUCACAGGGACAUCCAUGACUUUCACCCUGACCAACCCUGCAGGUCUCAGCCAGAAAGACAGUGAGGCCAACGGUAAUCUGGGCACAAUUCAGACAGUAGGCAACUUGAGGAGAAUCCGUAUCAAUGCUGACAAGCAGACAGGAACAUGGCAGAUGAACAUUAACACCAAUCAGCCAUACACACUCAAAGUCACUGGUCAGAGUACUAUUACCUUUAUCUAUAACUUUGUGGAAAGGUUUGAAGGAGCUCAUCCAGGCUAUGUGGUCCUCACGGGUCGUCCACAAACAGGCAGGCCAGCCAACCUGCUUGUCUCUGUGAUGGGUAGGAAGGGCCCAUCCUCGCUGAAUGUCAAAGAGAUUUCCCUUGUACAAGUGUUCAGCUCUGAACCUGCAGCUGAAGGUAUCAUCAGUGAGAUUAGCAACGGCGACAUCUUGGUGACUGUUGAUACAGUCCCUGUGGGGGAGUUUGUGGUCGCUCUGAAAGGAACAGACCAAGUGUCCAACAGUGAGUUUCAGAGGCAGUCUACCACUCAGGUGGCCGUCUCCAAAGUCAACAUCAAGGCUGUGGUGGUCAGCAGUGUGGAGCCAGGCAAACAGUUCAGCUUCCCCUUCAGCGUAAUGACCGAGGGCCCUGGUGGUCAGUUCUCCAUUAGCGCCAGGAAUGACAGAAACUUUCCCAUGUUAUUUCCCAGCAGCCUCAUGUUGACAACAGGACAAUAUUCUAAAGAUAACAUAACAAUUACACCUCCUGCCACCACACCCUCAGGAACUGACGUCACACUGACACUGGACGCCAAGUCUGCCACUGGCGUCGACUCCAAUUUUGCUGUUCUAAAACUGUCUGUUGUAACCAAGAUUACAGACUUCGUCCAGCCUGUGUGCAAAAUGGGCACCGUGAUGGCUAGCAAUUGCCCUAAGGUUCUGUCUAAUUGUAAAGGCUUCCAGUGGCAGUUUACAGCCAACAUCACCGAUGGAAACGGAACAGGGAUAGAGCGCGUUUCCUUGUUUCAAGGCAAUGGAACCCUCUCAUUCAGCUCUCUACCUGCGCCCGACGUCUACCUGAGCUACAACGCCUCCUGCUGCUCGCAGAUUGCUGAAAUUGUUGCUUUAGAUAUAGUUGGUAAUGUGGGGAAGUGCUACCAUUCAAUUGUUCCUUCGGGCGGCUCUCCUGCCUUGGGCCUGUCACUGCCAAUAAUGCUGUGCCUGUGCUUACACUGGAUGCAACUUUGGAUGCUCUGUUAGUGAACACUCUGCUAACUAUUAACUAUAACUAUUUUCUUACACUCGAAUGCUCUGCUAUAAGCACGCACACACACUGAAUUUUUUUAAGCACCAUAGCAAAAUGCUUUUUUUUGAGGUGAGGUAGGGAAAAAAAUAAAAAGGGUUUUUAACUAAGCUUAAUUUUUCUUGGAAUGAAUGAAUGAAUGAAAAAAUAAAUUAUCUUUUAUGUACUAAAUGUGAACAUAAUCAACUGUUGAGAUGCUAGUUUUAGAGGUGGUUAGUGAGAUUGCUGCUGUGGUAAGAGGUAAUGACUUUCUGAUAAUGAUAAUAUAAAUGAUAUGGAAACACAAUGCUCAACAUUUUCCUAAAUCAUUAGGAAUUUCCAACGGAGAUAACGGUUAUUUUUUUUACUUUUUUUUAACGUCAGUUUAUUUCAGAAAAUGUAGUGUUUGAAUUAUUGAAGACGAACUGAUCAAUAUGAGCUAGUAGCUCAUAGGUUGGUUAGGGCUUUCAGGAAAUAGGCAACAAGUUGUGGCUUUGUCCUUUACACAAAAGAAACAAACACGAUCCCAAACAUUUCAUCAAUUUUUGUGAUUUUUUUAUGACUGCAGAGUCUCUGCCUUGGACUCAAUAAAAUGUAUUAAGCCUUAUCUGCCUUUUUCUGUGUCUUUUGACAAAAACAUCCAGAAAAUCAUUAGGACACGGGGUCCUAAUUUACUAGAAUACGAUCGUAAAAGUAAGCGCUGAAUUCAUUUUGCAUUUAAGUUACACAGUUUUGUUUUUUCAAAGAUUAUGUUUGAAUGGAUAACUCAUAAGAAACCUAUGUUGAUACAUUUUAUAUUUUAAUAAAGUACUAAUAACUUUA